AUGGCCCACAACAUCGCGUCUACCUGGCCUUGGCUGCCUGUCGAGCUCCUCGAGACCAUCCUGCUCACCGCCUGGACAUCGCCUAUGACAGACGAUGAGCGCGCUACGCUCUUCACGUCCCUCUGCCAGGUCAACCACCGCUUCCUGUCCACCUUCAUCCCCAUCGCCCUCCGGGACGUUCACAUCCCUAUGCCCCUCUCCAGCGAGGAAUACCUCCGCAUCCUCCGUGAGCGCGCGACGUUUGAGAGAAACGACGACUACCUCAUGGUCGACGCCUCCGCCACCGCAAACCAGCUCUGCCGCUCCCUCACGUUCUCCGUCCGCCACAACCCCAAGGCGACCCAGCUGCUCCUCGGCACGCCAUCGAUCCUGCUCUACGCAGCCGACGAUCCCGCCGCGAGCGCGAUCUCCAGCACGCUCUACAUGGUCCGCAUGCUCGACUACCUCCCUCGUCUCCGCCGCGUGUCCAUCGAGUACGCCAACUGGGGCUUCGACGACAUCGGCGAGCAGGGGCGCCUCCUCGCCUUCCCCGACCAGGUCACGCACCUCGACGUCCGCUUCACCUUCACCACGCGCAAGUACGCCGAGCUCGGCGCCGCCCUCCGCAAGGACUACUACCGCCGCUGGCACGCCGCCACGCACCUCCCGGGCGUGCGCCACCUUUCCGUCUACGGCGCGCCCGCGGACUUUGUCUCGGAGAUGGUCUGGUCAUGCUCCAACGCGGAGACGGUUCACCUUGACGGCCUCACGCCCCUGGACGAGCUGAUUGCGUUCCCUGCGACCGUGCGCGAGCUGGGCGUGCACAUGGGGCCGACCCCUCUGAGAAGGAGUGAUAUUGAGGAGUGGGGGCUGAAGACGGCGCUGGAGAAGGGCCUGUUCAAGCGCGCCAGGACGGGUGUCCGCAUAGUCGUCUCGUCUGGGUCGCCCGAGGCCGUUGCUUGGGAGGACGCGCGCCGACUGUGCCAGAGAUAUAAUGUAGAGCUAGUGCACUCGUUGGCGUAG